AGAGGAGCAGCGCUGAGUUCCAUCCGAGUUUCCACCACAGCUGUAGCAGCACCUUCGACACCGUCUCUCCGCGUCGAGACCCGCUCCCGAGGCGAUGGGGAACGAGGCCAGCAUGGAGGGGGAGGGACAGGCGGGACCGGCCGGCCCCGGCGUCCCCGCGGCGGGGGCUCCGGCUUCGAUUUCAGCACCAGCGGACUCUGGACAGCUCAUCAAGCCCAGCAAUGGAGCGCCCGCCGGAGGAAGCGGGGCUGGACCCGGCCCGGGGAUUAACAGACCACCGCCAUCAGACCCAGGGCCUAAAACAGGAGUCCAGAGUGGUCACGGGACAGGGGACAGGCUAGCCUCCCACGACACCCCUCAGAAUGCCGGACCUCCAUUAGAGCAGGGCCAGGGUCAUGUGGCCAGGAGGAAUCUGCAGGUGGACUUGGGCGGCAGCAGGACUGGGAGGUCCCCUUCUGUGUCCCCAGACCGAGGCAGCGUCCCCACCUCUCCUUACUCUGUGCCUCAGAUUGCGCCCAUGCCCAGCAGCAAACUGUGCCCCGUCUGCAAAACAACCGACCUGACGGGCGCCGGGGACGACAAUGUCAACACCUGCACACAGUGCCGCUCCAUGGUGUGCAACCAGUGUGGCUUCAACCCCAACCCUCACCUCACAGAGGUGCAAGAGUGGCUCUGUCUGAACUGUCAGAUGCAGAGGGCGUUGGGGAUGGACAUGACCACACCGCGCUCCAAGAGUCAGCAACAUAUACACUCUCCUUCUCAUCCAGCCAAACCAGAACUCAAACCUGUAGCUUCGAGUCAGCCUGCAACCCCGACACAGGCCCCUCCUCAGUCACAGCCUCCAGCACAGCCUCCAGCACAGGCUCACCCAGUGCCUGGCCCUAUCAAACAGACUGGUCCAGCUGGCCCGAGUCAGCAUCAAGUUAGGCUCCCUCCAGGGGCAGUCCCUCUUCCUGGCAUGGCAAAGGCCCCAUCCCAGCCUGAUCUGUCACACAACUCUCCUGCCCACCGUCCACAGCAUCCCCGCCAGGACCAGACUCGCAGUGCGGGGAGCUCUCCUUCAAGACAGCCCCCACCCCCAGAGCAGACUUUUGGGAAGUUGUUUGGCUUUGGUGCGUCUCUCCUUAACCAAGCCAGCACUCUCAUAUCUGAGACUACUCAACCCCAACAACAACCCCCCAAACCAUCCCCCAAACCAGGAGGACCUCCUGGUCCUAGUCCUGGUCCUGGUACUGGUCCUGGUCCUGGUCCGGGUCCUGGUCCGGGUCCUGGUCUUGGUCCUGGUCCUGGAGCAAAUAAACCCUCAGGACAUCAGGUUGCACAACAAGGGCCUCGUGCCCCUGCUCAGCAGCAACAACAGCAUCCUGCUCCACAAGCCUCCAAGCCCAAAGCUUUUUGUCCUCUCUGCAAGACAAACCUCAACAUAGGCGACACAGCAGACCAACCCAACUACAACACCUGCACACAGUGCCACUCUCAAGUGUGCAACCUGUGUGGAUUCAAUCCCACUCCCCAUCUAGUCGAGAAGAAAGAAUGGCUGUGCUUGAACUGCCAGACGCAGAGGGCCUUGUCAGGAAGCUUGGGAGAUAUCCCAGCUCCUGCUGCACACCCUGUUGGAUCCCCCCGACCACCUGCAACAGCUAAUCAACAACCCUCUCAGCAGAAAGGGCCCAAUCAACUCUCAGGUCCUAGGCAACCACUGCAGAAACCACCGGGUCCCCAAGUAAGUGGCCCCCUCUCUCCUGUGAAACAGGCAGGGCCUGCCCCACAAACAAAGGGGCUUAUCCAAGCUUCCCCUCAAAACAAGGGUUCUGCCCAACCUGUUCUUCAAAACAAAGGUUCAGCUCAGUCAGCUUCCCAAACUAAGGGCACAACACAACCCACAGCUCAGAGUAAGGGUCCUCAAAUGAAAGGUCCUAUUCAGUCACAUGCUCAAAGCAAAGGGCCUGUUCAGUCUGCAAACCAAGUAAAGGGCCCGAGCCAGGCCAAAGGGCCGACCCAUACAAAGGGACCUGCUCAGCCCUCAGCUCAGUCAAAGGGCCCUUCUCACCCUGUUGGUGCCAAGGUUUCAUCUACCCCUGGUAAAGCCACACCCAACCACGCUAAGGCUUCUCCAUCCCUUUCAAAAACAGCACCCACUCAGUCUAAACCCACAGGUAACAACCAGACCCGCAAACAGCUGCAGAGCCAGGAGAAGACUAAAGUUGCAUCUAAAUCUGUCAAAGAAGACGUCAAGCCCUCACAGAAGAAAGCAUUGCAAGAGAUGGCCCCUUCAGCCAAGGACAUGAAGAUAGCUGAAGAUGCACAGAAGUCAAGACACCAUGAAGAUUCCAACAAAUCAAGUACGCAGAGUUUAAGUGACACUGGAUACUCUUCAGAUGGAAUCUCCAGCUCUCAAGGGGAAAUUAUAGGCCAGAUCCGAGAAGAAGGAAUCAAGCUGAGUGAAAGAGGUGCUCCCAUCCCCUCAGAAAUCACCAAGCUAGAAAGCUCAAUGAAGCCUCUGCUAGGGUCAAAGACCGCCUCAGAUCAUAAGCUCAGGCCACAUUCACUGUCAGUUGGACAGGGCCGGGACUACAAUCCUGAAGAUGAUGCAGCAAGGGAUGAAUCAGAGGAUGACCUCAGUUGUAAGCUUCGCCAUGAUUAUGUGGAGGACAGCAGUGAAAGUGGUCUCUCGCCAUUGCCAGUAAGACAGAAGAAGUCGCAUAAAGAAAUUACGGAUGAGGAGUUCAUGAGGAGGCAAAUUAUGGAGAUGAGUGCUGAUGAAGAAGAGUUGGAGGAUUAUGGAAACCAGAAGACUAAAAAGGGACAUCGAACCAGUGGGGAUGGAAGCAAAGAGAGACGACGUCUCUCCCACCAUUCUAGUAGUUUUGAGGAUGACACCAAGGGAUCAGAGGGCGCAUACAAUGCCAAUGAAGAGGAAGAUGUUGUAAUGGCCGGAGGUCUUCGACGCUUUAAGACUAUUGAGCUGAAUAACACCAACCGAGACAUGGAACUCAGUACCGAACAUGACCUACGGGAACCAGAGCUAGAGAUGGAGAGUCUGACUGGUUCUCCAGAGGAGCGGUCCAAGGGGGAAUAUUCAUCAACUCUGCCUGCCACCACUCCCAGCUACACCUCUGGAACAUCCCCCACAUCUGUAUCAUCCAUGGAGGACGACAGUGACAGUAGCCCUAGUCGCAGGGCAAGACUAGAAGAGGCAAAGCAACAGAGAAAAGCUCGACAUCGUUCUCAAGGGCCACUGCUGCCCACAAUAGAGGACUCAUCUGAGGAGGAUGAGCUCAGAGAAGAGGAAGAACUACUUAGAGAACAGGAGCAGAUGAGAGAUCUAGAGCAACAGAGGAUCAGAAGUACUGCUCGAAAAACAAAAAGGGAUAAAGAGGAGCUACGGGCACAGAGACGCAGAGAAAGAUCCAAAACUCCCCCCAGUAAUCUUUCACCCAUUGAGGAUGCAUCGCCAACAGAAGAACUGAGACAAGCUGCAGAGAUGGAGGAGCUUCACAGAUCAUCUUGUUCUGAAUACUCCCCAUCUAUGGACUCUGAGGCAGAGGGCUUUGAGAUGAUUGGUGGAAAGCUUUACAAAACAGGAAAUGAAUAUAACCUCCCAACCUUCACUUCACUCUACUCCCCUACAGAAAAGACAUCAGCAGUCUCACCAUCUGAUAAAACACUAAAAAGUGCAGAGGAGGUUUAUGAGGAGAUGAUGAAGAAAGCCCAGCUUAUGCAGAGGCAAGGACAAACAGUUAAUCAGCAGAAAGGUGCCUCUCAGCCUGAUGGUAAACAUCACCUUGAAGCAGGAGCUGUCCUAACCCCUGGCUCAAGUCCAACACAGGUAACUGCACCAAUGUCCUUUUCGACAUCAGGAUGUGAUCCAAGAAUCCCAGGAAUUCAUGCAGCACAGCAUCUUUCGAAAGAAACUCAAAAUAGGAUGAUGACACAGAGUGCCAAAAUUGAAGGUGUUGUUGGAGUUGCCACAACUAAAACCCAAGUCAGUCAGACUGCCCCAACUAGACAAACAGGUAGCACAGUGUCUGCCGGCAGCAGAGCGGGCACUCAGAGGCCAACACAGGCAUCCGCUGACUCUGGCACAUCCUCCCUAACCUCCAAAGUCUUUUCCCUUUUCAAAGGUCCUAGUCCCCCAGUUUCACCCGCCACUUCUCCAGCACAAAGUCCAACACAUAUGCCAUCUGUGCGACCCACUGGUGGUAGUAGUAGGCAGCUGCCUACCUUGCCUGGUGGUCCUACAUCAGCUACAGCCUCCCAAGGAGCUCAGGUACCUCAAAGAGCAGUUUCCCCACGUCUUGCACGACAGCGGUCCUCUCAAGAUUCACCAGUGAUGGUAAUAACCCUAGGCUCUGAAACAACUAGUCAAGCAAAGCCUCUAACUGUAAAUUCUUCCACUUCCCCUUUGUCAUCACCAACACAGGUCAGUUGUAAAACAUUGUAUAGCUCCCAGCCUUCUUCAACAAGUUCUCCAACUUCACCACAAAUGUAUCCAUUGCAGCAGUCUCCUAGACAUUCUUCACAGAUGGUUCAAAGUUUUGAAAAUGAAAAUAUAUCUCUAUGUAACUUUCAAGCAACUUCAAAGGUUAUGGGUCAGGGCCAAACACAUCCAAGCGGUCAUGUAGUGGAUUUGAGAGCCCAAGUGAGGCCUGCCCCAAUUAUAAUGACAGACCAGGGGAUGGACCUAACAUCCCUUGCCACUGACACAAGAAGAUACUCUUUAGGAGCAGAGCAGCCAUCUAGUCGACACACAGCAGUGCAGCCUCUUAUUAUGAACCUAAAUGCCCAAGAACAACCCCAUGUCUCUGUAUUUACACCCACCACAGUUAGUGUCACAGUUACAGGUACAACAUUCAUGUCCCCAUCCAAGCAUCCAGUGGUGUAUGGAGAUCCUUUGCAAAAUCGAGUGGAUCUGGGGCAAGGGGUUGGAUCAGCUGUUUGUUUAACCCAGAAUAAGCCUCCGAUUACUGACCCAUCUAUUCCCAAAAUCGAUGCCUGCCUGGAGAACCUAGGCAUACAACAGCAACAAUUGCAGUUACAGCAGCAGAAGCUCCUGCAGCAGCAACAACUUCUUGAGCAGCAGCUCCAGCAACACCAUCAACAAUCAUCCUUUGCUCGUUACAAUUUAGCUAAUCAGGUCCAGCCACUGUUAAUGAAACAAGACCUUGUAGUGAGCCAGACAAGCAAUAACCAGUCUGUAGUGACUACAAGUGCCAUACCUAGAGUAUCCCCCCCAGCUCACCCUUCAAUUGACCUGUUACAUUAUAUAGCCGCCCCUGAAAGAAACAAAGGAGAGAGUCUGGCCUGCCAGACAGAACCAGAGUCUCAUUCUCAGGGUGUGGUCACCCCUCAAUUGAGUGUCCCUACAACAAUCAGUCCAUACUCCACCAGUCUGCAUAUCGUAGGUGCAAACACAUCAGAUCAAACCUCUCCUAGACUCCAAGGAGUUGCUAAGUUUGAAAGGAGGAAACCAGACCCCCUGGAAAUUGGCUAUCAGCAGCAACAAAAUGAGUCUCCAUCCGCCACCCCCCCAAAAUCUCCCCAGGUGCUAUACUCGCCUGUGUCUCCAUUGUCUCCUCAUCGUAUGUUAGAGACAACGUUUGCCUCCCAGGAGAAACUCAACAAGGCCCAUGUUACACCCCAGCAGAAGGCCUUCACUGCUGAAUCACCUCAACGCCACCAGACUCUACCAAGACCCAUAAAAAGUGUUCAGCGCUCCAUGUCAGAUCCCAAGCCCCUCAGCCCAACAUCAGAGGAUCCUGCCAAGAACAGGUUUUCACCAUAUCAUCAGCAAGCUGUUUCAAACAGUCAGAUGGUCUCCCUGCAGCAGCAGCAGAACUCUCUGAUGAGGAAAAUAAAGAGGACUCUCCCCAGCCCCCCUCCAGAGGAAUCUCCGCUCCCCAUCGUUACUCCAGCACAAAUGUACAGCUCUCCUGGCAUGCCCCAGAGGAUCCUACCCAGACCCUCUCAGGGAGUCACCAAGGCCGGCUUGCUGAGUGAACUGAAAGCUGUGGAACAAGAGUCAUCAAAGCUGCGAAAGCAACAGGCCGAACUGGAGGAAGAAGAGAAAGAGAUUGAUGCCAAGCUGCGUUACUUGGAGCUAGGCAUCACCCAACGUAAGGAGACCAUGGUGAAGGAGAGAGAGAGGAGAGACCUGGCUUACAUGAGAUGUAUGGGUGAUGCUCGUGACUACAUGUCAGAUAGUGAGCUCAAUAAUCUCAGGAUGGCAGCUGCAACAGCAACCUUUGAUGCUAAUGGCUUGCUGACAAGGCCCAGCACUGCACCACUGAGUCAGUUUCCUAAUGACCUCAAUGCAGCCCCUCAGUAUCCCUCAACCUCCUCUUAUAUGUCUUAUUCAUACCCACAAAGUCAACCAUCAACACAGCAGCCUAGUGCAGCUUACCAACAGAUAGGCUUUCAACCUCCCCAGUACCCUUCAUCCUCUGCACCUCAGCCAGGAACCUUCCAGCCCCACCCCCCUCCAGGCCCUGGCUACCAGAACCAGGGAACAUAUCCCUCCCGCAUGUAUGCCCAGUCCUCCUACCAGGCAGACCUUGGUAUGCAGCAGCAUGGUCACCAGGCCUUCCAUCAGCCUGGUCAACCCAUGCCAGGACAGGGUCUUCCUUACCCCAGCCACAGCUCUUACCAACCUGGCCUCCCCUACCAGCCCCAGGCAGAGAUCCUUACUGUACAUCAAAGACCAAGGCAAACAUCUUUGGCAGACCUUGAGCAAAAACUCCCAACCAACUACGAGGUCAUUAGCAACCCAGCAGUGUCAGUGGCAACAUCAGCUCCAGACAGCAACUUUGCCAAUGCAGUCUACAACAAUGCCUAUGGACAGUACCGCCCUCCUGAGCCUGGCUUGACUCACUCUGUAGAGAGUCCCACCUCUGCCUAUGCUUCAGAUGGUCUCUAUACCUCAAACCUGGAGCAGAAUAUUCCAAGGAACUAUGUCAUGAUUGACGACAUCAGUGAAUUGACAAAAGAGAACACUAACCAGCCUGUUGAUGCCUUAGGUCAUCCUGUUGGAGGCCGGUAUCGCACUGAGAACGGCCCUGCCCGUGGGAGCUCCUAUAGUAGGCCUGAAGAUGGGCCUGUGGAUGUUUAUGGCAGACCUACAGGAUCAACAGGUUACCAAAGCACUGUAGACAGUCGUACCACCACCACAGUGAGUGGAGGCUCUUCAUAUUACUAUGAUGAUUAUAAGCAGUCAUCACGGAGCACCCCCAGUAGCCACAAACUUACACCCAAGAAUCUUGCCCCAGCUGUAGUCUCCUCUAAACGCAGUAAGCACAGAAAGCAGGGCAUGGAGCAGAAGAUUUCUAAAUUCUCCCCAAUUGAGGAAGCACGGGAUGUUGAGUCUGACCUUGCCUCCUACACAAUGACAACAUCAACAGGAGGCAGUUGUACGGUUGUAUCCAGAUCCAAGAAGCCUCAAGACGAUAUGACCUACGGGAUGAAGAAAAACACGUAUGACCAGCAGAAAUAUUAUGGCACCAGUCGUGAGGGUCUUGAGGAAGAAGACCGCAUGUAUAGCUCUGGAAGGUCUAGGUCUACUGGAUAUGGCAUGGACAAGAUUUCCUCCAGAGAUGCCACAGGCCACAGGAGUAAAUCUUACGAAAGAGAUGCCAUGGAGCGGUCUCAGAGAGGCAGUCGCAGUGGAAGGCCUCCGAUGCGCAACCAAAAUUCAGAAGAGGAGAGCCCACUCAGUCCUGUUGGGAAGCCUGUAGGCAUGGGAAGAACCGCUGACACACCGGAAGCCCACGAUGUGAGGAAUCAAUAUGGCUCCAGCCAUUCAUUGCCAGACGUUCAGGACCACCACAAGAAGGACCUACCCAGGAGUCAUGUCUAUAAACCAGAUGACCCUUACCUUGUAGAUGACAUGCACUGUGCUGUUUCUGACAGUGAAGCCUAUCACCUCGGCCAAGAAGAAACUGACUGGUUUGAGAAGCCACGUGAGGCCCGUUCUGAUCGCUCAAGACAUCACGGAGGUGGAAGUCACUCAUCCACAGGUAGGCGUAGUAAACAUACCUACCAUGAUUAUGAUGAACCUCCAGAGGAAUACUGUCCUCAGGAUGACUACAGUCAACAGCGCCACUCCACCUCCACGUCGUCACGCGACCACCGUCACCACGGCAGUAGCUCUGGCAGACAUAACUCUUCUCGACACUCUGCGGAGGACCCAAGGUCCUCCCGCUCUUCUAGGACACACGCCAAAGAUCCUUCUGUUCGCCCUGAUGGCAGAGGCUCUUCGUCUGCACAAAGGAGGAGUGGUCCAGACUCCCGUUCUGCCCAGGGAAGCCCACGGAAUUCAGGUGACUUCUCUCGUGAUACAGCCGCUGGACAACACCACGGUACUGGAGGAAGGAGCCAGAGACCGCAAGGAGAUCGCGCAACCUCCAAGAGGCAGGAUCCCUCUUCAGCAGGGUUUAAACCACAGCAGCAGCCCCCUUCGGGCCAUGCUGGUCAGCAACGGUCAGGCAGUCAGGGUCAGACUGGGAGACAUCCAGGCUCUGAACCACUUAAUGGCACCCAACCAGCCCAGCAACAGGGUGCACAACAACCACAACAACAACCACAUCAACAACCGCAACAACAACAACAACAACAACAACAACAACAACAACAACAACCAUCACUGCAACACAACCAGACCGCUCCAACCAACCAACCCAACACAACUGCUGCAGGAGCUGGACCAGCACAACAGCAGCCUAAAUCCGGCCAAGCCGUACCCCAGGGACGCCAGCCGGGAGUCGGGUCUGCAACAGGGCCGCCAGCCACCACAGCAGCAAAGAUGGAUGCUACACCUGCACCUGCAGCUGCCGCUACAGGAAUGAAACCUACAGCAGGAGUUCCAACAGCACCUCAGCCUACAAAAAUAGCUACACCUCCUCUGACGGGCAUUGGCUCCAAGGCAGCGCCUGUUGGGAUUGGAAGCAAACCCGCAGGUAUAGGCAUCGCUGCGCCAGGACAGCCACCUGCUGAGGGAGACAAUGUUCUGACCAAAAUACUGCAGGGAGGUGCUGCAGAGCAGGCAGGAAAACUUGGAGAUGCUUUGUCUGGACUUGGAAAGAAGUUCACUUCAUUGUGGUGAAGUGAUUAGUGCAGGGGUAUGCCGAAUUUGAUAUUAGAUAGAUUGGUACAUUUGUUCUUGAAUAACCUAUGACUGCAUUAAAAACAUUUCACAUGACAGGAAAUAAAUGAGGGGAGAUCUUAGUGCAUCAAGCUUGAAAACAAAGGAUGCCUUGUCAGCACUGAAUCCCCAGACAUGAGCACACAAUUGAGUUGAAUUAAAUGAGGGCAAUCGCUUCGUCAGCACGAUAUAACAAGACAUGAGCGGAGGCCUGCAGGAGGCCUGGAAGUAAAUGGAUUCCUUUGCAUGACUAUAGUCCCAGAAUGAUUACCGUGGAGACUUUUCGAUGCUUUAGUGGAGGACAACAACGGUCGAUAAUGAGGAUGCAGUGAAGCGGAGGAGAGUGGGGGGAGGAGGACUUGAAAUGGCUUCCCCCCUCCUCUUCUAGAACAAAGUCUCCUGGGAUCUAUAUGACAGUAAAAGGCUUGAUGAGAGAGGCACCUGGAUAUAAUAGGAGAAAGUGUGCUCUGCCGUGCAUGCCCCUCUUUAAAUCAACUCAACAUAGGAAGCCUUGCAGCGCCCUCUACAGGGAUUUCGAUGGAACACAGCUCAUGUUUGAGGACUCCUGGCGAGGAUGUUUGAUUCUACGUUCAUCCCCUCAGAGCCUUUUCAUACAAAAAAUAUAUAAAAAGAAGGAAGAUUUUCCAUAGGUUUUGCUUGCACAAAUAAUACCAAUCUUAACCCACAGGAAUGUCGCAUAUCUGAAGAAGACAAUGCUUAUCACGGCAACGACAACCAACCUUAUGACUCCACUACAACCCUUGAAUGUUUGGUUUUCUCUGGUCUCUGCAGUACAUUCCAGUAUAGGGAAUUUUACCCUUUCUUUGAAUGUGUUUUUAUUUUGUCCUCUUUUCGUUUUUUGAUGUCUACAGAAUGCGUUGUGUAAAUGUGGACACCAGAAUGCACGCUCAAAUAUUAGAAAAACUGAAGAAAAAAAAGAAGCCCGUUUUUUUCACCUAUGAGAUGCCACUAUUCAUUAGCUUUAGUUUUAGGGGAAGGAAUUUACUACCAGUGUGCCCACAAAUGUGUGAGAUUCACACAGACGAGAGGACCAAAUGAAAGAGUGGCCACGGCUCUUUAUUAGCCAUCGCAAAGCCAUCGUUAUCGUCAGCCCCGGAGACUUCUGGGACUUUAUCCGUUUUAUUGUUUGUCUAAUCUUUUUGUUUUUCAUUUUUGCCUGAUAUUUAUUGAAUGGAAGAGCCUUAUUCGGUACAUCUUUUUACCUGUAUACCUCAUAUGUUUUUAAUUGUCCAUAUCAACAUGCAUUUCUUUUUACACAACUGUAUAUUGUAUGUACAUAAAACAACUCAAAGAUCUAACGAUGUAAAUUUGUCCAUGAUUUGCGUAUUUAUGGAAUCACUUUCUAGUGACUUUCUUUUCUUUCUUUUUUUGCUGUUCUGUGUUUUUUUUGGUAAACUUUAUAUUUUUCACUUUUGAUUUGUUUGAAUCUGUUUUUCUUGCAUCAAAUUAUUUGCUUGUUUGUUUUUAAAAGCAAUAGCAUGCAGAAAAUGGUAUAUAGCACAAUGGUAUAAAUAUUGUUUAAAUUUGCGAAGGGAACUUAUCAAAUACUUGUGUCGAUAAAUAGCCGUAAUACAAUUUGUCAGAGGGUUUACAACCACAGUACCAUGUCCAGACAUGCAUGUUUUGUGCAAAUGCAUUAUAGCAUGUAAGACAGGUACGAUCACACAGACUCUCUCUCUGUGUCUCUUGCAAACACAUAUGCACACACACACGCACACACACAUACUGUACAGGUUACAGUCUUUGCAUCCUAUAGUUACACCUCAAAGCCAAUGUUAAUCGAGUACUCAACCGAACAAACCUGUUAACCUCCUGCAGAUCGAUGUGGUUACGAAUUCACCAACAAGAUGAUCUCACUAACAAGCUGGGCCCACUGCCUCUAUUUGUGCAAAGACACGCGUACACACACAUACACACGCACACACACACACACACAGUCACACAAAUACGUACAGAUAAAGAAGAGGAUGAAAGCAAUUAUCAAUUUAAAUGUUCUAUGCAAUGACUCAUUUUGAACCUGGAAGUGAUUCCGCCGAAAACAGUUUAUUAUCAUCUUUGUGUUCACAAGAAAACAACAAAAUUAUGAGCUAAAACAGUAAAAAAAAAAAAAAACAAGGUCAUGAAAAUGUUUUUCUUAGCAACUUGUCUGUAUGAAUUUGAAUAUUGAACUAGAAUUGUUUUUAUUUUUGUGGCAUGUAUACUCACCCCUCACACCCCACACGGGGGACUUGUUGCCAAAGGGUAAACUGUGUAGACUGUUGGUUUGAAUGUCCAUCAUCAUGUUGCUUUGAAGCAUGGGUUUGCUUGGCUUUGUCUGGCUGUUCGUAAGCCCUCCUUCAGUUCUUGUGCGUUUUGGCUGACCUGGGCUCCUCAGUGUUUGGCUUGCAGUGACUGUCCAUGCGGCUGUAAACCUGUGAUUCAGAUGGUCAGCACUUCUCAUUAAUACGUGUCAAUGUACAUAAUGGGUGUCAGUAUAACCUGUGGGGUCAAUGGAAUGCUACUAUCAGAUGUCUCUUUCUUGAUUAAAACACUCAGAAGCAGCCAAGCCAUUGGAAAGGUGCAUGAUUUGAUCUUAUAUUCUUGGAAUUUGUACCUGAAUAAAAAAAAAGAGAGAAAAAAAAGGUAAGGCAUGAUUUCACUAAGGUUUUUAAACCUUGACUUUCAAAGGCCAACUAAGAGAAUAAUGAUGAUUAAAAUGUUCAGACAGCCUUUCACAAAUCAGGGCAUGCCAUUUGGAAAGCACAAGCCUGACUGGUAGCACUUGCUUCUCGACAAAAACCCAUAAAUAUGGAGGUUUGCUUGCGUAACGGUGCCUCCAGCUGAACAGUGUGAGAACUGCGUCAGAACAAGAGGUGAAGGUGCUAGCUGGUCGAUAUGAGGUGCACGAGACAAAACAUCCUUUAGUGCAGCCGUCCGGAUUGUCAGAAAGGCAGACAGACACACAUUCUUACUGUAAAUACAAACUCAUUCUACUGUACAGCUUUUGAGUUCUGAGUACGGCCGUCAUGUGCAUCCCCAUGCCGUAAUUGCUGCCAACUUUUGUGUAUAAAAAUAAUAUUUAUUACCACGAUGAUGAUGAUGAUAAAGCUAAUGAUGAUGAUUAUUACUAUUAUUGCAUAAGCAUAGUGUAUGUGGCUGACUCAUAUUGGCUGUUUACAACAGUGGAACAAAAACACGUAUUCCGAAACAUCCGGUCUGUGUAGAGUUUCUAUACAUAUUGUUCAUUGUAAACAAGACAAAAAAGAAAAACCUCCAUGGCAUCAGCAGAGUACAAUGCCUUUGUCAGACUAUAAGGAGGUCUUUGAUUUGAUGGGUGUGAUCUGCGAGGUGAUGAGGAUCAUGGGAAGAAGCUGGCAAAAAAAGACACAAAAAAAAAAAAUUCUGGAAAAUGUCAUUCACUGUUGUAAGUGCAAUGGGCAAAAUGUCAGUCGUGUAUCCAUUGUGAAACCUUGUGUUCUAUUCAGUGUAUUCCUGUAAACAGAGUAAAUUUUGGUGCAUCAUGUCAAGUAAUGUGAUUAAUGAAAAAUAUUGACCCUGCAAUUUCCAAACAGAGAAAAGAAUAAAAAUAAAAUGAAUA